AUGGAAGACGAGGAAAACAGUGGAGACCAUAAUGUAGGGGAAAUUAUGACAGCACCUUCACUAUAUCUUCGCCCAUCCUUCUUUCGGCAGACUCGCAAAAAGGGAAAGAUCAUCAAAACCGUGAGCGAAAGAUAUCUUCGGGAUGAUCUUGGCCUGGGAUCGUACUUUGUGGACGAGGGUACCAAGAAUCUACGCGUGAAAGAAGCAGCAAUGGGAAAGCCUAAAGUGAUUAGUGAUGUCAGCCAUCUUUUGACGCUAUUGAAGCCCUGCAAACCAAAGAGUGUCGUCAUUUGCGAUACCAAUGUUCUUCUGCACAAUUUGGAUGUCCUCGAACAAAGUCAAUCCAUCAUGCCAAACUUGGUAUUUCCUCAGACUGCACUGAUAGAAUGUCGAAAGAAUAGAAUGGUCGCAUAUGAUCGGGCUGUAGAACUUCUAAAAGAAGUUGGGGAUAAGAAGGAACGUUGUUGCGUCUUCUUUCCAGACAUGCACCAUUCACAGACUGCCCAUGUUGAAAAAGAGGACUGCGAUACCAUCAACGACGAGAACGAUGCACGGAUACGAAAUGUAGCAGCGCUGUAUGCCCAGAAUCUUCAGGAGACAGACUAUCGGGUAGUACUUUUGACGGACGAUGCUGCGUCAAGAAAGCUUGCACAAGGGGAGAGAUAUGAGGCCAAGUCCCUGAAAAGCUGGGUCAAAGAACUGGAAAAAUCCAACCCUACUGUAUCAUUGAGCGACUUGGUAGCCCAAUAUGGAGCACCCGAUAGCAGAAUGGACGAAGAAUCCAACCAGCAAUACUUCCCUGCCCAUCUGGGUCAAUCAGACCUCUCUCUUGGAAUCAAAACAGCCAGAUUCUACAGAGGCGUUUUGCGGUCCAGAGAUCUUGACUCGGCAUGGGUGACAAUUCGGAAAGGAGAGGAUAGGGUGGCAGUAACGAUCCAAGGGUCGGUUGAUCGUAAUCGAGCGGUGGAUGGGGAUGUCGUUGCAAUUGGAUUGCAUCCCCUCGACAAGUGGAUCAAGGCCUCGGAUGCGGCAUCUAAACCUCCCAAAGAGAAAAAUCCAAAAGCCCAGAUUGCAUCAGAGACGGCAGAGCCAUCCCAGAGUGAAAUUAGCAACGUUUCUGACACUGUGAUGAUUGAUGACAUUGCGGAAAGCAUGAGACCGACUGGGAAAAUUGUAGGUAUCUUGCGGAGGAACUUCACCAAUAUUAGCGGCUCUAUUUUUGAAAAACCUGCACCAGGAGCCGAAAAGAGUACUUCGCCAGGUCUGGAAGAGCGGGGGGCUAUUGCAUCAAAGCACGAGCGUGAACAUGCUGAUGGAACUGUAACUUGCGUUUUCUUCCCAGUCGACAAGAAGAUUCCUCCAAUCUUGGUCCGCACGACACAACGCGACAGAUUUUUGAGACAACGCAUUAUAGUUUCCAUGGAUUCUUGGCCAGCGAAUUCACCAUACCCAUUGGGCCACUAUGUGAAACUACUGGGACCUGCCGGGUCGAAGGAUGUUGAGACUGAAGUUCUGCUUCAAGAGCAUAGAAUUGCACAUGAACCCUUUUCAGCAGCAGUUCUUGCUUGCCUACCACCAAGCGACUACAAAAUUGAAUAUGGGCCUGACAGGAUGGAUCUUAGGAAACUACCAGUGCUCUCUAUCGAUCCUCCUGGGUGCAAAGAUAUUGACGACGCUCUCCAUUGUAUAACACUUCCAAAUGGAAACUUUCAAGUGGGGGUGCACAUUGCAGAUGUGACACACUACGUAAAGGCAGGAAGCGCAAUUGAUUUAGAAGCAGCAAAUCGCUCCACAUCAACCUACCUUGUCAACAAGCGUCUAGAUAUGCUGCCAGCGCUCCUUACCACUGAUCUGUGCAGUCUAAAGGGCAAUGUUGACAGAUAUGCAUUUUCUGUCCUUUGGGAAGUCACUCAAGAUGCAGAGAUCAUCAAUGUGGACUUCAAGAAAUCAAUAAUUCAUUCCAUCGCAGCGCUGACAUAUCAAGAAGCACAAACGUAUAUUGAUCAACCUAACAACAAGAAAGAAGAUGAUCCCCGAGUGAGCGCUGUGAAAGGCCUUGCCUCACUGGCAAGACUCUUCCGCAAGAAAAGGUUGGAUGCCGGAGCGCUCACUUUGGCAUCUCCGGAGGUCAAGUUCGUCUUGGAUAGUGAAUCGCUGAAUCCUACAGAUGUCCAGGCUUAUGCUCUGUUAGAAGCAAAUGCCUUGGUCGAAGAGUUUAUGCUUUUGGCAAAUGUGACUGUGUCCAAGAAGAUCCUUCGCCAUUAUCCCACACUUUCGGUCUUGCGACGACACCCUUCGCCAAAUCGUUCCAUGUUCGAGAGUUUAAUCAGCAAAGCAAAGUGUCGAGGUUUUGAAAUUGAUAUCGAGGAUUCCAAAAGACUCGCUGAUUCCCUUGAUGCGGCGACGAUCGAGUCAGAACCCUACUUCAACAAACUCCUUCGGAUCUUAUCUACCAGGUGCAUGUCACCAGCCCAGUAUUUCUGCUCUGGUGAAUACCGACCAACGGAGUGGAGUCACUAUGGUCUGGCAGCACCUGUCUACACGCACUUUACCUCACCAAUUCGACGAUAUGCAGAUGUUUGUGUUCACCGUUUGCUUGCGGCGGCGAUAAAUGUUGCACCUCUUCCAGUCCACCUUUCAUCCAAAUCGUACUUGCAUGAUUUGUCCGCAAAUAUGAAUCGAAGGCACCGGUCGGCCCAGCUUGCUGGCAGAGCAAGUGUCCAACUGCAUACCUUGAUAUUCUUCGCUGGAAAAAAUACAAGCGAAGAAGAUGCAUAUGUUUUGGAUGUCGAAACCGCAGAACAGAGCACCCCUUCGUUCACUGUAAUCGUUCCACGGUUUGGAAUCGAAGGCAGGGUCAGUCUGCCAGUUGAUGUCGACGAUCCAAAGCUUGUCCGGGUUCCAGAGGAACACAAGAUGAUCUAUGAUGGAAAAACUUCGAUCCAAGUAUUUGACAAGGUUCGGGUCAGCAUUCGUGUCCAAACUGACUACGAUCAUCAAAGAGAGCUCAUAAUAGAGCUCUUGGAUCAAGAAUUUGGCGCACUAUCGACGAAGCGGAAGGUUGAUGAGCCAGUCGAAUCAGCCGAAGGCACUCCACCGCGUUCGAAGAAGCGAAAGAAGAAUCGAAAGUAG